AUGGGCUCCAACAUCUUCCCACUCUGCCUAGUGCUUCUAUUGUGCUUUGUUUAUGUUACUCCAGUGUCUGUCAGGCAGCUCUCCAGUGAAGCUGAUAUUGAUGCUGAUGAGACAACCAAAGACAUUCCAGACAUAAACUUAGCUGCUGGACUGGACCUCUUUCAGGGUGAUAUCUUGCUCCCCGUAAAACCGAUAAAUGCCCUAAGAAAUGAGAGCUACAGAUGGAAGUUCCCCAUUCCCUAUAUUCUGGCUGAUAAUCUAGGUCUGAAUGCCAAAGGAGUAAUUCUCCAGGCAUUUGAAAUGUUUCGUCUUAAGUCUUGCAUUGAUUUUAAGCCUUAUGAAGGAGAGAACACCUUCAUAUUCUUCACAAAAGAGAGCGGGUGUUGGUCCCUGGUUGGGGACCAGCAGACUGGACAGAGCCUGUCUAUUGGGGCAGGGUGUGACUACAGAGCAAUUGUGGAACAUGAGGUCCUGCAUGCUCUAGGAUUUUACCACGAGCAGUCGAGGGCAGACCGGGAUGACUACGUGACGAUCUGGUGGGAUGAAAUUAUUGAAGGCAAAGAGCACAAUUUUCUGAAGUACGAUGACAGCUCCAUCACUGAUCUGAACACCCCCUAUGACUAUGAAUCACUGAUGCACUAUCAACCAUUUUCAUUUAACAAAAAUGAAAGCAUCCCCACAAUCACAGCAAAGAUUCCAGAAUUCGAUAAUAUAAUUGGACAACGUCUAGACAUCAGUGCCAUUGACCUGGAAAGACUGAAUCGCAUGUAUAACUGCACUUCAACUCACACUUUUUUGGACCAGUGUUCCUUUGAGGUUGAAAAUAUCUGUGGCAUGAUUCAGGGCACCAAAGAUGAUUUAGACUGGGUACAUCAACAGAGCGGUGGUGCAGGGCAGGAAGACCACACACUUUCUGGGAGCUGUAGAGAUGCUGGCUAUUUCAUGUACUUCAACACCAGCUCUGGCGAGGCAGAUGAGGUGGCAAUCCUAGAGUCUCGAAUCCUUUAUCCAAAGAGAACUCAGCAGUGCCUCCAGUUCUUCUAUAAGACCACAGGAAAUCUUUCAGACAAGCUGAUCAUCUGGCUUAAGGAGGAUGAUGGCACUGGAAAUGUUCGCAAGUUGAGGAAAAUUCAAACCUUUCAAGCUGACAAUGACUAUAACUGGAAAAUUGCCCAUGUAACCCUCAACGCUCAGAAGAAGUUCCGUUACCUCUUCCAAGGACUAAAGGGCAACCCCAGCUCUUCAUCUGGUGGGAUUGCUAUUGACGAUGUCACACUGACAGAGACUCCUUGUCCCACAGCUGUGUGGGUCAUUCGGAAUUUCAGCCAAUUCCUCGAAAAUGCAUCAAGCGACGUUAUCCAAAGCCCCAGGUUUUAUAGCCCUGAGGGUUAUGGUUUUGGCAUAAGUUUGCAUCCCCACUCCAGAACCAGUGGCUACAGUCGUAUUGCCUUUCACUUGUGCAGUGGAGAGAAUGAUGGUGUUCUGGAGUGGCCAGCUCUGAACCGCCAAGCUGUACUCACAGUGCUGGACCAGGACCCUGACGUCCUGAAAAGGAUGUCCUCAAGCAGAAGCUUCACCACAAGCGCAGAUGAUGUUAGCUCAGGUAAGUGAUAUGAUAAUGAAACCUCAAUAUGGGAGAAACCAUCAAUUGUUGGAAAUUUUGAUGUGUCAUGCAAUUGCUAUAGAAGUGUAUCCUUUGGGUGGAAUAGCUUCAUAUCCCACAGCCAGUUAAGACGAAGAAGCUUUCUGAAAAAUGAUGACCUAAUUAUUUUUGCAGAAUUUAAUGACCUAAGUCACCUCAAUAACACUGAAGUUCCUGUUGAAUCUGAACAACCUGCCUUCAAGAAAGGACUCAUUCUUGAAAGGCAGAAGAGAGAAGCCCAGGACAUACAGCCUGUUGAAGACCAGCUGCCUUAUCUGCAAGACCCGUGUGACCCAAACCCUUGCCAGAAUGAUGGAGUCUGUGUGAAUGUGAAAGGAAGAGCAAGCUGCAGGUGCCCAUCAGGACAAGCCUUCUUCUUUACGGGUGAGAGAUGUCAGUCACGGCAGGUCCAUGGGAACAUCGUGGGACUGACAGUUGGUGGAAUUGCUGGAACCGUUGUCUUAACCAUGGUCCUCAUUUCCAUAAUGGCAAGAAGAUAA